AUGCACAGCACCAAGGAGAAGAAUGACAACAACAAAGAUGACCUUCUGCUUAGGAUGGGACUUAAUGAUAAUAAAGCUGGAAUGGAAGGAUUAGAUAAAGAGAAGAUUAAUAAGAUUAUAAUGGAAGCCACAAGGGGGUCCAAAUUUUAUGGAAAUGAGCUCAAGAAAGAAAAGCAAGUCAACCAACGAAUUGAAAAUAUGAUGCAACAAAAAGCUCAAAUUACCAGCCAACAGCUAAGGAAAGCACAAUUACAGGUUGACAGAUUUGCAAUGGAAUUAGAACAGAGCCGGGAUCUGAACAAUACUAUAGUGCACAUUGACAUGGAUGCUUUCUAUGCAGCUGUAGAAAUGAGGGACAAUCCAGAACUGAAGGAUAAACCCAUUGCUGUAGGAUCAAUGAUGAUGUUGUCUACUUCGAAUUACUACGCAAGGAGGUUUGGUGUUCGUGCAGCUAUGCCAGGAUUUAUUGCUAAAAGACUCUGCCCACAACUCACUAUAGUGCCCCCAAACUUUGACAAAUACCAAGCUGUGAGUAGAGAGGUUAAGGAAAUACUUGCUGAUUAUGAUCCCAAUUUUAUGGCCAUGAGUCUUGAUGAAGCCUACUUGAAUAUAACAAAGCACUUACAGGAAAGACAAAAUUGGCCUGAGGACAAAAGGAAGUAUUUCAUCAAAACAGGGAACUCCCUAGAAAAUGAUAAACCUGGAGAAGAAGUGAAUAAAGUGAGGGAGCAGGAGCGAUCCAUCCCUCCACUACUCUUUAAUGACAUUCCUCCUGAUUUGCACCCCCAAGGAAAUCCUUUCCAAGCAAACUCUGAAGAGCAAAAUAAUUCUCAAAUACUCCAAAAUGCGAUUGUUUUUGGAACAUCAGCCGAGGAAGCCGUAAAGGAAAUUCGUUUCAGAAUUGAGCAAAAAACAACAUUGACAGCCAGUGCAGGCAUUGCCCCAAAUACAAUGUUAGCAAAAGUAUGCAGUGAUAAGAAUAAACCAAAUGGACAAUACCAAAUUCUCCCCAGUAGAGAAGCUGUGAUGGAUUUCAUCAAGGACUUACCCAUUAGAAAGGUGUCUGGCAUAGGAAAAGUUACAGAGAAAAUGUUAAAGGCCCUUGGAAUUAUUACUUGUACAGAACUCUACCAACAGAGGGCAUUACUUUCUCUUCUUUUCUCUGAAACAUCUUGGCAUCAUUUCCUUCAUAUUUCCCUGGGUCUAGGUUCAACACUCCUGGCAAGGGAUGGAGAUAGGAAAAGCAUGAGCGUUGAGAGGACAUUCAGUGAGAUGAGUAAAGCAGAAGAACAAUAUAGCUUGUGCCAGGAACUUUGCAGUGAACUUGCUCAAGAUCUGCAGAAAGAAGGAUUAAAGGGUAGAACUGUUACCAUUAAACUGAAGAAUGUAAAUUUUGAAGUAAAAACUCGUGCAUCUACAGUUUCAUCUGUUGUUUCUACUGCAGAAGAAAUAUUUGCUAUUGCUAAAGACUUGCUAAGAACAGAAAUUGAUGCUGAUUUUCCACAUCCCUUGAGAUUAAGACUUAUGGGUGUACGGUUAUCUAGUUUUCCCAAUGAAGAAGACAAGAAACAGCAACAAAGGAGCAUUAUUGGCUUUUUACAGGCUGGAAACCAAGCUCUGUCAGCUACUGGGCAUAUGCUAGAGAAAACUGACAAAGAUCAGUUUCUAAAACCUCUAGAAAUGUCUCAAAAGAAGAGCUUCUUUGAUAAAAAGCGAUCAGAAAGGAAAUGGAGCCAACAAGACACAUUUAAGUGUGAAGCUGUGGAUACACAAAGUUUACAGACAUCAGAUUCAUUCCAAGUUUUAAAGAAGAUGAACGAGAAUUUAGAAACAUCAGAGAAUUCAAAUAAGUCUCAGAUAUUUACCUGUCCCAUUUGCUUUAGGGAGAAAGGAAGCAUCAGUCUGGAAGCCUUUAAUAAACAUGUAGAUGCCUGUCUUGAUGGACCUUCAAUUAAUGAAGACCGUAAAAUGUUCUCAUGCUCACAUGCUUCCUCUACAGAAGUUAACAGGAAAGAAAACGUACAUCAUUCUUUUUCACUCCAUGAGAAGCAGGAUUAUGAAACCCAUCAGAAGCAUUCAGGAAUCAAUUCAGUAGAUUGUGCAGAGCUAGUAGAGACUAAAGGUAACCCACCUAAAGCAGAAAGUGUAGGUGCUUUAAGUGAUAAGCACAGCAAAGAGGAAUGUGCUGUUUUUCCAAGAGAAUCGUUUAAUACUGAGCAACAUUAUCAGAAUUCUUUCUCUACUGUUUUACUGGAAGAUAUGGGGUCAAGUCAGCAAGAAUCCCCCCAGCCUUAUUUACCUGAAGUGAUAAUAACCCAGGCUCUAGUUUGUCCUAUUUGUAACCUGGAACAAAAGACUUCAGAUCUUACCCUGUUCAAUAUGCAUGUGGAUAUAUGCUUAAAUAAAGGCAUUAUCCAGGAACUGAGAAAGGAUAGUCUAGCUAAUCAACCCACAAAAAGCACCAAAAGUACUGAUACCUCAGGCCAAGUACAAAAGACUGCAACAAAAACAAAAAGGCCAGGAAUGUACUCAUCGUCAAAGAAAGUAAAACCAAACCGUCCCAGACACACUCUUGAUAUAUUUUUUAAAUGA